AUGAUGACGGCGGAAAGCGGUGCGGGUCCUCCUCCUCCGCCGCCGCCCGCGCGCCGUCGCCGCCAGCAGGGCGUUUUGGAGCUUCUCCAGUGCGCGCUAUUCGCGCCGAAAGGCCGUCCGCCGCCGCGCGGCGCGCCGAGCGGAUCAACGUCCGCUCCGCAAGUUUCCCGCGAGGCAGAGCUCGGCCUAGCCGGCGCCGGCGCGGAGCCGAUCUCCACGGCGGCGGGCGCAUCUUCAACCUCCCCCGACGCGGAAGCCGCCUCGACUGAUGGGAGCGGCGGAGAAGGCGGAAGCCGCCGCAGUGGCGACGUUGCGCCUGUGGCGGCGGAGGUCCUUCUCGCGGUGGGCGGAAUGGCUUGCGCCGCGUGCGCCGCUUCCAUCGAGAAGGCGCUUCUGCGCCUCGAAGGCGUGUCGAACGCGACGGUCUCCGUUAUUAGCGAGCGCGCUAAAGUCACCUUCGACAGCGCGUUGACGAAUGCGGGCUUCCCUUCCGCGAACCUUCUCUUCGAUUCCCCCUCGAGUUCCGCCAAUUCCGCCGGUUCCGCGGGUUCGCAGCACCAGCAGGUGCGCUUCCAACUUAAGGGGCUCGCGUCGGCCAUAGCAGCCGGCACGUCCCAGUCCGGAACCGAAGCUACUAAACUCUCCGCGUCUGUCAAGGGCACUAGCAGCAGCGCUCCUUCCGCUUCUGUCAAAAGGACAGGCAGCUCUUUUUCCGCUUCUGGUAGGAGGAGAAAGGCUCCCUCCGCUCCGCCCUCCUCCCCCGCCGCCCUCUCCGCCUCCCCCUCCCCCUUCCUCUCCGCCGCCCCGUUCUCGCCCGCGCUCGCCGCCCUCCCGCUCCCCACCUUCAUCGAAGCUUCCCUCUGCCUCCUCCCGGGCGUUUCCGCGGCAGCAGUCAGCACCCCCAGCCAGCACGUCACCGUCUCUUUCAACCCCGAUAUAAGCGGACCCAGGACUCUCCUAGAGGCUCUACAAUCGGGGCUGGUCGAAACGAGACGGCUGGAGCAGGUAGACUUGGCGGAUAGGGAAGGGGGAGGCGUGGGGGGGAGCGCGGGGUCGAGGCAGCGAAGGAAGGAGAUAAGGAAGCUUCGGCAGCAGUUUAUUUGGAGCUUGGUGUUUUCCGUGCCUGUGUUUCUGCUGGCCAUGGUGCUGGAUCGAAUCCCGCCCUUUGACGAGUGGCUCAUGUAUCGAAUCGUAAACUGCCUGACAGUGGGAGUGCUGGCGCGCUGCAUCCUCACCAUCCCCGUCCAGUUCAUCAUCGGCUGGCGCUUCCACACGGGCGCCUUUCACGCACUCAAGCGCCGCUCUGCCAACAUGGACGUGCUCGUGUCCCUUGGCACCAACGCCGCCUUCUUCUACUCUUUCUUUAUUCUCAUCGCCUCGGCUGUCACCCCGCCUAUGGAACUAGCUCCCCCCUCUGCUUCUCCUCCUGCUGCUCCUCCUGCUCUUCCUCCUCCAAAUUCUGCUGGUGCUCCCGGCACGGGAACCAACUCAUCGAGUCCUGCGAGUAAGAUUGAUUUUUCUGCUCUGGCUGGGUUUCAGGGCAUGCCUGGUGCUGCUGGUAAUGCUGGGGGCAGCAGCACAGCAUAUGGGACCAGAGGAGGAGGGGAUUUUUCUGGGACGGUGGGUACGUGGGAGUGGAUUGGGCGCAUCAACAGCAGGAAUGAGGGCCUCUCUGGACUCGGUUCUUCCAGUGCUGCUGCUGCUGCGGAUGCGACUUCUGAGACGUCUCAAAAGUGGAUCACGCACGUGAACAGCAGGAGCCAGGGCCUGUCUGGCGCCGGUUCUUCCAAUGCUGCUUUUCCAGGGUCGACUCAGAAAUCGGCAACGGUUCCGGUACAGGGGAGGAUGGUUCAGGAGGUGGCAGCAGGAGGAGCGGCGGCAGCAGCAGCAGCAGCAGCAGCAGCAGCAGCAGCAGCAGCAGCAGAAACAGCGGCACCAGCUAAAACAGCACCGCCAGCACCCGCAGCAAAUGCAACGGAAAGCCAAGGGGAGGGAGCAGGAGAAGCAGCGGGAGGAGGAGGAGGCGAAGGAGGCGAAGGAGGAGAGGAGGAGAUGCCAGUUACAGUCACGUACGCAUAUGCUGGGAUCGACUUCUUUGAAACGAGUGCGCUGCUGAUCUCGUUCAUCAUGUUGGGAAAGUACCUGGAAGCUGUGGCGAGAGGCAAGACGAGCGAUGCCAUAGGGAAGCUGCUGAAGCUGGCCCCUGAUACUGCCACGCUGCUAGAGGUGGAGUAUGGGGGGAAGGAGGGGGGAGAGGAGGGGGGAGAGGAGGGGGGAGAUGAGGGAGGAGGAGAAAAGGGAGGGACGGGAAUGGAGAUUGGGGUUGAAAAGUGUGACAGUGGUGGUGGUGCUGCUAUGGCUGCUGCUAUGGCUGCUGCUGCUAUGGUUGCUGGUGCUGGUAACCCUACCUGUGCUGUGGUUACCAGUGCUAGCAGCGGCAGCAAUGGGUAUGGUUGUAUGAGUCCGGUCAGGGAUGACAGUAGCUUCACACGUGGCAGUGCCAUGCAGGAACAUGACUACAGUUUCCAGUCGGAUGACGUGGCGCUCUUUGAUUCGACGCGCCAGGUCGGCUUCAGCUUCAAGUCUGACGUGGCGUCUGUUGAUUCGUGCUUGGAGAAAGAGGUUAUGAUGACGUUGAUGGCAGGCGAUCGUGGGGGGGUGAGUGGGGAGGAGGAGGGGGGGAAAGAGACGGGAGAGGAGGCGAGGGGAUUGAUAGCUGGGAAGGAGAAGAGGGGGUAUGAGUUGGGUAAGCAGGAUGGGAAUGCGGCAAAAGAGGAGAAAGAGGGAACGGAAGGGAAGGAGGGGAAGGAGGGGAAGGGCGGAGAGAUGAGGGUGGUGGGGGAGAGGGAGAUUGAGGCGGCGUUGAUUCAGCGGGGAGACAUCAUUCGAGUGGUGCCGGGAGCCAAGAUCCCCACGGAUGGGGUUGUCGUGUGGGGGCAAACCUAUGUGAACGAGAGCAUGAUAACGGGAGAGUCCCGCCCCGUGCUGAAGCAACUCGACUCCCCUGUGAUAGGCGGCGCGCUCAACCUCGCAGGGAGCAUCCACGUGCAGGCCACCAGGGUGGGCGGGGACACGGCCCUAGCGCAGAUAGUGCAGCUGGUGGAGGCGGCUCAGAUGGCCAAGGCGCCCAUUCAACGCGUGGCUGAUCAGAUAUCAGCGAUCUUCGUGCCCAUGCCCCCCUUCUCACCCUCUCACCCCUUUCCUCUCCUCCCCCCCUUCCACCUCCCCACCCCCUCCCCCAACCAGGUGGUGAUAAUCGCACUAGUCACCUUCACCAUCUGGCUGAUUAUAGGGUACACCGGAGCGUUACCCUCGUCGUGGUUACCUCAGGGGAUGACCUAUUUCGAGCUGGCCCUCCAGUUCGGCAUAUCCGUACUCGUUAUAGCGUGCCCCUGUGCGCUGGGACUCGCUACACCCACUGCUGUGAUGGUGGCGACAGGAAUCGGCGCGCGGCAGGGCAUUCUCAUAAAAGGGGCUGAUGCUUUGGAGAGGGCACAUAAGAUCGAGACAGUGGUGUUUGACAAGACAGGCACUCUCACUCAAGGAAGGCCCAGCGUCACUUCCUGCACUCUCUUCUCCUCCCGGGUCUCGCAGUCAGAGCUGCUUGCUAUCCUGGCUGCUGCUGAGGUUAGCAGCGAGCAUCCUUUAGCCAAGGCAAUAGUGGACUACUGCCUCUCCUCCCCGCACAUGCCCAGGACCUUCCCCAACCUCUCCCACAUUCCCUUCCCCUCCUCCUCCCCACCCUCUUCCUCGCCACCUUCCUCCUCUCCCAAAUCUCUUCGUGCUCUCCCCUUCUCCUUCCCCCUCCCCUCCUCCACCUCACCUCUCCCCCACUCCCCAGCUCUUCUCCCGUCUCCCUCACCCCUCCACCGCUACUCUCCCUCCCCAUUGUCCUCCCUCCAUCCUUCCCCCCAUCAUUCAACAUCCCCCCCAUCCUCUAACUCAUCUCUUCACUCCACGCCCAAUCACCCUACCACCGCCACCACCGGCGACAUUUCUUCCCAAGACACCUCUCCUUCCAAGAAGCUUCUGCACACUCUCCCUCCUGCCGAGAGCUUCGAGGCAAUAGCGGGGCACGGCGUGGUGUGCCGAAUCAAUGGGCGCCACGUGGCAGUGGGGAAUCUGAAGCUCAUGCGGACCAGGACCGUUGUCAUGUGCAAUGCACCGGCGCCGAUCGCAGAAGGGGAGAACAACAGCAGCAGAUCACAGGAGGAGAUUACAGGCACUGUCACUGAUGCUGCUGAUGCCACCGCUACUGCCAACAGCAGCACCGUCAACAGCAGCAGCAACGCCACCACAGACCCCUCCCUCCCUCCUCUCCCUCGCGGCGUCCUCGAAUGGCUGGCAGAAACCGAAGCAGGCGCCGAAACCGACGUGCUCAUAGCCCUCGACGGCCACGUGAUAGGCGGCGUGUCUGUCUCCGAUCCUGUCAAGCCGGAAGCAGCAGCCGUGGUGGGGAUCCUUCAGUCCAUGGGCAUGCGCACGGUCAUGGUUACAGGAGACAACUGGGGAUCCGGCAGGGCUGUGGGGCGAGCGGUGGGGAUAGAGGGAGACGAUGUGGUUGCAGAGGCUUUACCCGCGGAUAAAGCCGCAUUUGUGAGGAAGGUGCAGGGGGAGGGGAAGCAGGUGGCAAUGGUGGGAGACGGGGUGAAUGAUUCGCCUGCGCUGGUAGCUGCUGAUGUCGGGAUUGCGAUUGGUGCGGGGACGGAUAUUGCUAUAGAGGCGGCGGAUAUUGUCCUCAUGCGCUCGUGUCUCGAAGACGUCGCGACAGCCAUUGAUCUCGCGCGGACCGCGCUUCGACGGAUCAGAUUGAACUACGUCUGGGCGUUCGGGUAUAACAUCACAGGUAUCCCCAUCGCGGCGGGGGUACUCUUCCCAACCGCCCUCCGGUUCCGCCUCCCCCCGUGGGUGGCUGGGGCUGCAAUGGCUCUAUCCUCAGUGAGUGUGGUGUGCUCGUCUCUGCUGCUACGACUCUACAGGAGGCCCAGGAAGCUGGACCUGAUCAAGCUGGAGGUGCAGCAGUAG